AUGGCGACGCCAGCAACGGCUGUUGCCGUCACCUCGUUCCCCUCCAACCCCCUCACGACUCCCUUUGCGAGGCCAUCCGACUGCACGGGCAUCUACCAGUCCAGCUUUCUGGCCAUGGUGGAUCUCGCCUCGACCUGUCUCCCGCGCAGCUUCAAGACCGACUCGGACGCCUACUUCUCCCCCGGCAUCGCCUGUCCAUCGGGCUACCUCAGCGCCUGUCACGACAACACGGGCGUUGCGUCCCUCACCACCGUCACAUGCUGCCCAACGCUCAACAAUGCCGUCACGCUGUCGUGCGUCACUACUAGCACGCUCACAAACGUCUGGUCCACCCUCUUCUGCACCUGGAUCGCGCCCGAGAGCCAGGCCACGUCCCUGGCUGUGACGCUCAUCGAGGACGGCGUCACCAGGACCGUCCGGCAAGGCUUUCGCAGCCCCGGCGGCCUCAACGCAUUUGGCGUCCGCAUGGUCCAUCAGAGGACCGACGUCGACCAGAGCCGCGCCAGCCCGACAUCAUCACCAUCCUCGACUGACACCAAUUCCGCCUCGGAUGGAACACCGUCGCCGGGCCUUUCAACCGGCGCCAAGGUGGCCAUCGGCGUCGCUAUCCCGGUUGUCGUCCUCGCCCUCUUGGCCGGUGCGCUGGUCUGGUGGCGGAGGCGGCGGCAGCUGGCACCGGCGGGCUCGGGCUACAGGUACGAAAAGACGGGACAGGCUCACUCGGAGCUUCACGGGGAAAACGUCCAGGAGAUGAUGGGGAACGCAGUGGCCCCUGUCGAGCUGCCGGCGACGGGAAGGCAAAAAUAG